AUGGCAUUGACACCGCUUUCCGCGAUCAUCACACUCGUUAAAGCAACAUAUUUGAAGCUAUUCACCGACCAUACUGAUCCUCGUUGGUGCACUUCCCUCGUUUCUUUGGGGACUUCUAGGAUUGAGCAAAACGUUGUCAUUGUCGCCGCUUAUGUCCCGGCUCUUCGCCCCUUUUUCUGCAAGGUAUUCAAGUCUACCACUGGCUCUACUGGCAAAACUACCUCACAAAAAGGAACGGGCUCCGGCUUCAAGCCCUCAUAUAAUUCCUUUCAGCGCUAUAAACGGACACUUUCUGCGGCGGAUUUGCCCCUCAAGAAUAUAAAACAAAAAUCCUGUGAUGCCGAGAGCAAUAAUAGCCAGUCGGAUAUAUAG